AUGAACCUGGUUGUCUCCGUCCCAGUCUGCAUCCCCCAGACUCGCAGGCCCCGCUGCCGUCCCGGUCCAGGACCCCGGGCUCCAGGCAAGCCCAGUGCAGCGUCUGUGGUGCUGGUUCGGGAGAUUGUCCCCCAGCUCAUUGGAAACCAAGGCCCGGUGCCACGGACGGACGAAGACAUCGCUGCUUGGAUUGCCCAGAAGCUGAGCAGGACGCCAGACAGCAGCCCUCAGCCCUUCAGCCUCACCUACGUCUCCCGCUACCUCCCUGCCUGCGGCAUAAAGGUCGCGGUGGACGGCGCCUGGAACCUGCCCUGGUCCGGCUUGACGCUGGCUCAUUUCUGCUUCAACCCACCCGGGGCUUUUUACUUCGGGAAACGGUGGCUGAAGUACGAUCGUCCCGUCUUCCUGGAGGCGCUCGACCUCGACAGCUACCAGAAGUGGCCCGCGUGGCUGGACGGGUUCAAGGCAAGCAUCGCCUGGUGGCGCCAGCUGGUAGCUUCACACCCAGCCUCGUCCCCCCCCAGCCAGCGUCUUCUCUCCUUCCAGUCCUUCCCGCAGAGGACGUACCACGAGCAUCUCACGGUGAUCAUCCAUCUCCACGAGGUCGUGGUGACCGCAGGGGCCCCUGGCGCAAAGGCAGCCGGCCCGUCUGCAGAGGGAAGAGCCGCAGGGGGGGAGAGCGACGUGCUGGGGAGCCAGGCGUGGGCUGCUCUCCACGUGUUCUCCAAAGGCUACUGCAACACCGGUGUUUACCAGCUGCCGCUCUACCAGGGGGCUCCCAGCCAGCCCCUCCUGGUUGUGCUGUCCCAGGGGGAGAGUCGCAGCGCGCUGAAGCACCUGGCUGCAGAGAACAAGAUUCAGUUGUUAGAAGGGGCGUCUCUAGUUGCCCGGAUAGCAGACGGCCGCCGGGAGGAGGAACUCCACACCUACAGAGCAGAGGAUAUAGAUCAGUCCUACCUCCCAAAGCAAAACGUGGAGUCUUACACCAAACAGCCCCAUGGAAGUAAAGUAGCAGAACUGAUGACAUGGGACAAGGCAGAAACCCGGGCACAGGAGAGGAGGGCACAGCUCCUGAUUCUAGAUCAAAUCUAAAAAGCGUCCAGUACUGCAAGGAGCCGACAGAGGAUCCCUCAACUCCACUGGAGAAUGCAGCAGCACCAUCGUUUACUUCGUUACUCUCUUACUACUUGGGGCAACAGAAAGAGAAGUCGAGUAUCUGCCCCUGGAUGACAGAAGCAUGAGGCCUACUGGGGCUCUCCCCUGUACCCAGCUCUUCAGAUUGUUUCUUGUGGUCGCUGCUGUACAUUUGUGGGUGGUACCAGAAAAGUGGCCCCUACUUAGAAGACACAAUGCAGAGCAUUUGCUUACAAUCUUUA